UCCCUCUGAUGGCUACCUCUUAUUAAAGUUUAUACGCCUUCCCCCAAGCGGGUAAAGCAGUGAUGGUAACCACGACGACAUAACGAGGAACAGCAGGCGCAACCUUAAAAAGAUACACCAGAUGACUUCAAGUACCGAUUGAUGUCGCGUGAGCAAAAGAUACCUCAGUCUUAGAAUCGAUCCAACUACAUCUACAAUCUUCCUAUCACAGCAUCUCAUCAUUCAGAAGUGCUCUGCUCUGCUCUAGCCCUCAGAAAGUCGGCGUAGAUUUUACUUGCACCACCAUCAUCAUCAUCUUGAUACUAAUCAUUGCAAAAGUAUCAACACUAACACUAGCAUAUAACAAAUAACAUGGACAAUACCAGUACCACCACUCCUAAACGUACCCUCUUCAAAAGACGCCACUUAUCUACUAAAUCUCGGAUCCCCCUCUCCAAUAGAUCAAACCACAGUACCAAAGUCACUCCAGAACAGCGCCCCCUUGAUCCCAAAUGGGACCGCAAGGACUCCUCCGAGGGCAUUCCCAGUUCCCAAACUUCAAUCCACGAUGCAACCUGGGUAUCGGAAUCAAGCGGCAGUACAAAAUCUCCUCGUCAAGCCUCAACCCCGUCUUCAAGCGCGGCGUCUCCGGUAGUAGCUAGGCCCAUCACUCCGCCGGCGCCGUGCCCCACGCCUAUAGACCCCAACUCGGAGUCUCCGCUCUCGCAGAUCGCGGCGUUCGAGACACCAUUCCUGUACGGCCAUGGCACCGAGCUUGCACCUAUUGCCGAGCAGCGCAGCAGAACGACGUUGCGCAGUAAUGGCGGUGGUGCUAGUACCGUGUCAACGUCAGAUAUCUCGUCUCUGCUAAAACACAAAGAAUCCGGCGCGAGCACUCUCAGGAGUCGUAGAAGUCGUACUGAGUCGCCACCGAGGCGCCAACUACGCCGGCAGCCUUCGUUUAGUUUUAACGAUCUGCCUCAUCUACACACUACUCCUGCUACAACCAACACCAGUAGUGACGGCCAACCCGGCAGUAGCAAGAGCGGUGAAAAUCCCGAACCUGCCGCUGUCAGUGCCGGUACCAGUAGCAGCAGUGAAAGCGGCGUUAGAAUCCCCCGCCUCCGCAACACCAGCAAACGGCACUCGCCCCCAGUCGUCGAAACCGUCGACGUCCAUGCAUACCCGCAGAGACCCGGAUACCCACCGCACAAUAUCCCAGGCCCAAAACACUAUAGCGAGAUACCCCUGACAGCAGAGGAGGAGCAGGAGUACGCGGCGAUGGAGCUGUCGUUUGCCGACAGGACCGCCCAUGGCAACUCAGGCGCGCGUCCGGUCCGGCGGCCGUCGCAGGCCCGCCCUAAUUCCAUACGCCCGACGCCCUGGGUCUGCAAGGCUUGCAGGCGACCGGCGGACCAGCACUGGAGCCUUGUCUCAACGGUAACUGGCCUUGGGCGAGGCCAACGGCGCGGGUCGGAUUGGUGCUCGAGGUGUGCGUGGCGGAAGGUUGGGUAUAUUCUGUGCUGCUGCGAGUAUCACUUGAACGUGUAUCCGGGUACAUUUAGAUGAAGUGAUGUAAUACGCAGGUUUGUCUGUUUGUCUAUAUGUUUCCUCGAGGAUCACGAGGCGUUGACGGAAGGAAAAUAAGGAGUUACGGGGGUAUUAGACCGGAGGUAUUAGAACGGAACUUAGACGGCGUCUGCUCCAAGGCCCUUUUUUCUCUUUAUUGUUUCCCCUUGAAUAAUCAUUGUA